AUGGAGGCGGAGAUGGAUGCGGCGGGAAAUGCCGCCGCCGUCUCUGGCGGGGCUGGUCAGUGCGCGGCGGCGUCUGUGCUCCACAUUGUGGUACCGUACCACAGGGGACCCACUGUGUGGUCGACUGCGCCAAGACUGCCCAGACAGAGCCCCGCAGACGGCAGGCGUGCUGGGCGCCCCGUCCUCCGCGAUCGAUACACCCGCUGUGCCAGCGCCGCGGACAAUGUCUUCCGUCUUGAUUCCUUUGUCGGCGCGGCGGCGGCGGCGGCGGCGUCUCCCCCGCACUGCACGCCGGAUCCACCGCCCGGUCCAGUGCACACACCUCCUCCGCCCCCGCUCCCCCAGCUGCCUGCCGGCCCCCCGCCUGCGCCAUCAACUCUCGCCCACGCACCUCCACGCACAGCCCUUCCGCCCCCACCGCCUCCAGCCCCCCUCUCCGCCCCCGGCUUCUCCCCUGCGCCUCUGGAGCGCAGCGAGGACGAGGCGGACUGCAUCAAUCACUGUCCUAAUAAAUCAAUCAAGCCGCGACGGCAGGGCUGCCAACGGCGCGGCAUAAAUAGCAGCCCGGCGCCCUGGCCGCCUCAGAACGGCCGCUCGUCCUGA